ACCGGGCCUCUCACCUGGACAAGCUGGGAGAUCAGGCUGCCAUGAUAACUGCUAUAUUGCAGUCACGUUUGGCUAGAACAUCAUUUGAUAAAAACAGAUUUCAAAAUGUUUCUGAAACCUUGCAUAUGGAAUGUGAAGCAGAAAUGGUGACACCACUGGUGACUAAUCCGGGGCAUGUAUGCAUCACUGAUGCAAACCUGUAUUUCCAGCCUCUUAAUGGAUAUCCUAAACCUGUGGUUCACAUAAUGAUGCACAAUGUCCGUCGCAUCUACAAAAGAAGACAUGGUCUAAUGCCAUUGGGUCUAGAAGUAUUUUGCACAGAAAAUGACCUGUGUUCUGACAUCUACUUAAAAUUCUACAACUCUCAAGAUCGAGAUGAGCUCUAUUUCUAUAUUGCAACAUAUCUAGAAAAUCAUAUUACAGAGCAGACGGCUGAGAGUUACAUGUUGCAAUGGCAGCGAGGUCAUAUUUCAAACUACCAGUACCUUCUUCAUCUCAACAAUCUGGCUGAUCGGAGCUGCAAUGAUCUCUCCCAGUAUCCUGUAUUUCCUUGGAUCAUAGCAGAUUAUUCUAGUUCAGAAUUAGAUUUGACAAAGCCUGAAACAUUCCGGGAUCUUAGUAAACCAGUUGGUGCUCUGAAUAAAGAAAGGCUGGAAAGACUACUGACACGUUAUCGGGAAAUGCCAGAGCCUAAGUUUAUGUAUGGCAGCCACUACUCGUCUCCAGGUUAUGUUCUGUUCUAUCUUGUUAGAGUUGCACCAGAGUACAUGCUUUGUUUACAAAAUGGAAAGUUUGAUCAUGCUGACAGAACGUUCAACAGUAUUGCAGAAACCUGGAAAAACUGUCUGGAUGGUGCAACAGACUUCAAAGAGCUGAUUCCAGAAUUCUAUGAAAAUGAUUCCAGUUUUCUAGUAAAUAGUCUGAAGCUGGACCUGGGGAAAAGACAGGGAGGAAAGAUGGUUGAACAUGUAGAACUUCCUCCUUGGGCAUCAGAUCCUGAUGACUUUCUUCAGAAGAGCCAAAAUGCCUUAGAAAGCCAGUACGUGUCAGAACAUCUCCAUGAGUGGAUUGACUUAAUAUUUGGCUACAAGCAGAAGGGAAGUGAAGCCAUUGCAGCCCACAAUGUGUUUCAUCCAUUAACUUACGAAGGUGGAGUGGAUUUGAACAGUAUUAUGGACCCCAAUGAGAAAGUAGCUCUGUUGACACAAAUCUUGGAGUUUGGACAGACACCGAAACAGUUGUUUACAACUCCUCAUCCCCGGAGGAUAAUACCGAAGUUCAAAAGUUUGUCUCGAACAUCCAGUCACAAUGUUUCCAUAGCUGAAUCUCCAGGUAAACAAUCUUUUGAAGAUUUGACAGAAGAAAGUAUAACGCUUGCAUGGAACAACAUUGCCAAACUAAAGUUAGAUGAGCAACAUAAAAUUCAUAAAGAGGAAAUUACUGGAAUAGCAGUCUCUUGCAAUGGAUCUUCAGUUUUCACAACAUCUCAAGAUUCAACCUUGAAGAUGUUUUCUAAAGAAUCAAAAAUGCUCCAAAGAAGUGUGUCCUUUUCAAACAUGGCUUUGUCAUCUUGUUUAAUCUUACCAGGAGAUACCACUGUCAUAAGCUCUUCGUGGGACAAUCAUAUCUAUUUUUAUUCAGUUGCAUUUGGAAGACGGCAGGAUACCCUAAUGGGACACGAUGAUGCCGUCAGCAAGAUCUGCUGGCAUGAUAAUCGCUUGUAUUCUGCAUCUUGGGACUCCACUGUAAAGGUGUGGCACUGUGUUCCUGCAGAGGUCCUGGGCACCAAAAGACAUCAUUUUGAAUUGCUUGCUGAGUUAGAACAUGAUGUUAGUGUAAAUACUAUCAACCUAAAUGCUGCAAAUGCAAUGCUGGUGUCCGGAACCAAAGAAGGUACCAUUAGUAUUUGGGAUGUUACUACUGCCACUAUGUUGCACCAACUUUCAUGUCAUUCAGGGACCGUGUAUGAUGCUGCUUUUAGUCCUGACAGCAGACAUCUGCUCAGCACAGGAGAAGAUGGCUGUUUUAAAGUAAUAGAUGUGCAAACUGGAAUGCUCAUCUCUUCUAUGGCCUCAGAGCAGCCACAAAGAUGUUUCAAAUGGGAUGGACAUACUGUGUUAUCAGGAAGCCAGUCUGGUGAAUUAUUGGUUUGGGACCUUCUUGCAGGAAAAGUUAUUGAAAGAAUCAAAGGACAUACAGGUGCUGUAACUUGUAUGUGGAUGAAUGAGCAAUGCAGCAGUAUCAUCACAGGAGGGGAAGAUAAACAAAUCAUGUUCUGGAAACUGCAAUAUUAAGUGCCUUUUCCCUCCAGAUAUUUAAAUGAACUCAAUGUAUUUUAAACCAAACUUCGUAAAGGAACUUACCCAUGUGCAAUGAUGGCUGCGGAAGGUCAACCAAAUAGAAAGCUUGGUUUAUCUAAUACUUUCUAGCUUAUGGUGACUUCAUUUAAAGCUCUUGUACUGUAAUUUCCAUACUGUAAUAUUUUUGUUUGUAUUUCAUUAUGGCUGUCAUAUAUUGUCUCAACUUGAAAAUGCUUGUCUUAAUUUGAGAUGAAAGACUUAUUUUUCUGUAAUUAAAGAGAUUUUAAC